GAUCAAGCCGGUCGCGCUCCCGUGAGACCCUUGUAUAAACACACGGCUACGGUAGCCUUGGCAAAGCUACCAGUCUAGCGCUGGUAGUCUAGUGUCACGCGCGUUCCCGGGACCCAACCGCACUCGGCUUCAAUAAACCCGCAUCCUUCUCGCCGCUCGGCACGGCGAAAAGAAAGCACACACGCCACCGUUCAGGGAGCCAAAAACACGAUGGCCGGCUACUACCGCCGCACCAUCUCGUUCCCGACCCCGAAGACCUCCGCCUCCGCCAAUGGCAAGCUGGCGGCCGCCUACCGCGUCCGCUCGGCCAGCCUCCCCUGCCGCUUCCACCCUCUCGUGCUCCAGCUCGACGACGACGUCGCCGCGCUGCGCCUCGUGAUUGGCCACCGUCUCCCUUCUUCUUCCUCCUCCUCCUCCUCCACGGCCGCGCCAUCAUCGGCAUCGUCCGUGUCGGCGGCCGCGUCGCAGGUGGUGCGCGUGCUGGCGUCGCUCUCGGAGCUCCUCCACCACCCACUAGCGCAGGAGCCCCUGCGCCGCCUGGGCGCGUCGUCCCCGUUCGCCGAGCGGCUCCUCGACGACUACCUCCGCCUAGCCGACGCGCACGGGAGCUUCCGCGAGUCCCUGGUCGCGCUCGCCGCGCUCCAGGCAGAGACGCGCGCCGCGCUGCGCCGCGGUGACCGCGCCAGGAUCGCUUCCGCGGCGCGCGCUCAGCGCCGCGCCGGGCGCGACCUCCCGCGUCUCGCCUCCGCCGCGCGCGCCGUCGCGGCCAGGGCCCCCGUCGCGCUUCCCCAGGACCUACAGCCGGAGACCGCGGCGCUCGCUGCGGCAGUCGCAGAUUCAACCAUCGCCGUGGCGUCCGCCUCCGCGGCCGUCUUCUCCGGCGUGUCCGCGCUCUCCAACGCCGCCGCCGCCGCGCGCGUGGACGUCGCCUCCACGCACUGCUGGCUCACGGCCCCCUCGAGAUUCAUCGCUGCUUCGUCGGACGCGCCGAGAACCAGUAGGCAGAGCAUAUGGUGGGUGGCCGACCUCGUGCGCUGGAUGUCGCGCGCCAAGCGCCGGUCGGCCGGGAAACGUAGCGGUAGCAGCGCCGACAAUGGCGAUGACUCGUCCACCGUGGGUCUUCGGUCCGAGGGACGCAUGAAGCCGGAGGAGAAGGCGCGGAAGGCCGCGUUCGAACUCCACGAGAACCUGGAACGGUGCAUCGCCAGCGUCGACUGCAGCGGCGAGAAGGUGUUCCGAGCUCUGGUCAACACUAGAGUCUCCUUGCUCAACAUUCUCAGCCCGACCUUCUGAUGUCGAAGAACAGCUCGAAUUGAAAUUUGAGAAACGUCAUGUUUUGGUACUUCUUGUUUGGAGCAAAUUUGUAAAUAUUAUUGUUCUGGGAUGCAACCUGUUCGUUCGACUGCAUCUUUCAAGAGUUUGGAACUUGGCGUUACGAAUGGGGAAAUCUGCAUUUUUGGCC